UCUGAAAAUGUGUUAUUGUUGAUGUUAUUGUUUAUGAAGUUUUCUCGGAUAUUAUGAAAUAAGGACAUUUUUUCCCCAAGAUUAUGACAAGAGGCCAGCUAACCUAGGGAGAAUGCAACGUACUGUGGUGUAAAUUUGUUCGUCUAAAAUGCAGCAGUGGCUUCUUGAACUUGUGAGAUUCAAAAUGUCAAAUCUUCAAUGUGGCGGCGGUAAAUUCGAAUUUAAUAUGCCUGUCGAUCAACGAGAAGCAUAAGGAACUUCCUGAUGGAGCCCAAACCGGCGUGUUUUGGACAGGCUGAGUUCUCUGAUGAGGAACACACCGCCAUCCAGAAUGCUCUCCGCCAGCGACUUGGCCCAGAAUUCAUCAGCCAGAGAACAGGUGCAGCUGGACUCAAGCUUGCCUACAUUGAGGGGUGGCGGCUGAUCAAUCUCACAAAUGAGACAUUUGGCUUCAAUGGUUGGGCACACUCGGUGUCUCACCAGACUGUGGAUUUUGUUGAUCAUAACAAUGGUCGGUUUUAUGUUGGCGUCAGCGCUCUGGUCAAAGUUCAGCUGAAGGAUGGCGUGUACCAUGAGGACAUCGGGUAUGGAGUGAGUGAGGGACUCCGGUCUAAGGCCCUGUCCCUUGAGAAGGCCAGGAAGGAAGCUGUCACUGAUGGACUGAAGCGAGCUCUCAAGAGUUUUGGUAACUGUAUGGGCAACUGCCUCGGAGACAAGGAGUACCUAAAGUGUAUCGGUCGAACCCCUAAACCUCCCCCAGAAGUGUACAAAGUAGAAGAUAUGAAGCAUCAGACAAUUGACAAGUCUAUUGCAAAGUCUUGGAAGAGGCCAACAUUUCCGCGCCCAUAUCCAUAUGGAGUGAACAGACCAGGGACCAGCAUAACCACGGCCUCUAGACCUGAUCCUUCUAGUGAGCCACCGGCCGGGAUGGUGCCUAUCCCAGCAAUGGCGGCCAGAGCUGACCCUGCCAGUGAGCUCCCAGACAGGGUGGUACUGAGCACCAAGUCCGGGGCUGGGAAGGAUGAGGUUCAUACCUCGUUCAACAUGGAUGAUGACGAUGUUGCAGCAGUUUGUGCUGUUACUGAUGGCAAGAAUGUCGAAGCUUAUGAUGCCGGGCAUGUCAGUGAGGGUGAACAGAACAAGGUCAAGGGUGAAUCACAGAUGGUUACCAUGGAAACUGAGACCAAAGUGGAUGGGACUUACGUCAGCACUUCAGUGCUGGUGGAGCAGAUGCUAGCUAAAGGGAACUACAGGAAUGAGGAGGAGCGAGCACGGCAGGAGCGCAUUCUUCGGCAGAAGCUGAAGCAGCAGGAGUUUCAGGCCAAGCUGAAGCACAAACACUCCGGUGGAGAGAAGGAAAACGGAAAACUUUGCCACAAGUCCCCGAACCAGACGUGCAUCCAAAGUGACUGCAGCUGCAACAUCCCCCAGCCUGGGUCCCCGGUAGCAACAUCUACACCAGCACCUCUGUCCCGCAAAUCUGUGGAGAACAAGGAUCUACAGUGCAAACUUCCAACUGGACCAGCACCACUGUUGGCAGAGGAGGACUUUGAUGAGAUCGAGGUGUGGAGCCAGGUGGUGUACCCUGACAACCUGGAGGAGCUGAACAACAGGAAGUCAGCAGACGAAAACAGACCCAAAAGAAAGAGACUGUCUAGUGAACAUGUGUCCUGACGACCAUCAGUCAUACAGGCGGGACAAGAAUGACUCUUCCCUCUCACUGCUAUGAAUCACCGUGACACAGCAAUGGGAGAGGAAGAGUGACCUUCCCUGUAUUCACUGAUCAUCCACAAGUGUCACAGAUAUGAGAGGGGAAUGGAGAGCUCUAGAAACCUCACCAAACAGUGUUAGUGUAAUGAUCGCUAUGUUAAGUUUAUUGUAUAAAUGUCUGUGUGAUUCUUUGAGGCAAUAAACUGAUAUUGUGACUGUGUUGAUAUCAUACACAGCCACUGGUCAAAGAUCAAGCCACUUGUUAAGGCUAAAGGUCAGGGUCCGUAAUCACCACCACAGCAUGACUUUAAAAGAUGCUCUGAUAUUGGCCAAUAGAUAAGUUUAACGUCUUAUAAACUCAGGUUCGACAUUGUUUAAAAUGUUUAAAGCAAAUGAUGUUAUGUGGAUUCCUUGAUAUUCUGCUUUCUUUGUUACAGUGUUAUCAUAUAUAUUGAUUGAAAUUCUCUUUUCAUGCAUUUUAUCUUGUACAGGUUGAUUUUAAUUAUCUCAGAAGUCAAUUUGUGGCUCAGCACACUUCAUUCUUAUGUAUAUAUUGUGUAUAUAUAUGUGUAUAAAUGCAUGCGAUACUUUAGUGAGUGAGUGAGUUUAG